AUGUCAAACGUGAGCCUUGUGACAACGUUCAUCCUCACGGGCCUUCCCCAUGCCCCAGCACUGGACACGCCCCUCUUUGGAGUCUUCCUGGUGAUUUAUGUGCUCACUGUGCUGGGGAACCUCCUCAUCCUGCUGGUGAUCAGGCUGGAUUCUCGCCUCCACACCCCCAUGUACUACUUCCUUACCAACCUGUCCUUCAUUGACAUGUGGCUGUCCACCGUCACGGUGCCCAAAAUGCUGAUGACCUUGGCAUCCCCGGGUGGCAGGGCUAUCUCCUUCCACAGCUGCAUGGCCCAGCUCUAUUGCUUCCACUUCCUGGGGAGCACAGAGUGUUUCCUCUACAUGGUCAUGUCCUAUGAUCGCUACCUGGCCAUCACGUACCCACUCAGGUAUGCCAGCAUGAUGAGUGGGAGAACCUGUGCCCUCCUGGCCACCAGCACUUGGCUCAGUGGCUCUCUGCACUCUGCUGUCCAGACCAUAUUGACAUCCCGUUUGCCCUUCUGUGGGCCCAACCAGAUCCAGCACUACUUCUGUGAUGCACCACCCAUCCUCAAACUGGCCUGUGCAGACACCUCAGCCAACGAGACGGUCAUCUUUGUCAAUAUUGGGGUAGUGGCCUCGGGCUGCUUUCUCCUGAUAGUGCUGUCCUACGUGUCCAUCGUCUGCUCCAUCCUGAGGAUCCGCACCUCAGAGGGGAGACACGGAGCCUUUCAGACCUGUGCCGCCCACUGUAUCGGGGUCCUUUGUUUCUUUGUUCCUUGUAUUUUUAUUUACCUGAGGCCAGGCUCCAGGGAUGCCGUGGAUGGGACUGGGGCAGUUUUCUACACUGUGCUGACGCCCCUUCUCAACCCUGUUGUGUACACCCUGAGGAACAAGGAAGUAAAGAGAGCUUUACUGAAGCUGAGAAGUGCAUUGGUACUUACUCAGGGUAAAUAAUCAAGAUAGGCUUAAUAUGCUUGAGUUCUUUUUCUUAUUUGUAAUUAAAUUAAACCUUCAACAUGAGCAUCAUACUUGGACAAAGCAUUUCACUGACUCAGUCCCAAUUUUCAAUGGGGCAGUUAAUGAAUCUUUAACUUUUUUCUGAAGAAUGUUUGUCAUAAUCUCAGCUAAAGCAGUCGUUUAAUGGUCAGUAUCUAAGAGGAAGGAUGAUAGUCUAUUCGUCUUUCUUUUUUUGUUUCCUGUGACCUUUGUAGAGAAGUAAUCUAUUCUUCUUUCUAUGUUCCAUUAAGUAAAUCAUCAGAAAAGUAGUUUACUUUUACCAUCUACAUAAAUAUUUUCCAGAAUUACUAUGCAAUAUAAUUGUCUUAUAGCUUAUUUUGCGUGAUUUAAGUCACAACUUUAUAAAAAACCUUUCUUUUCAUGUUUCAAACUUUCUAUAUUGAAAAAAUCACUUACAAUAUUGAUAAUCCCCUAUAUAAUAUAGUGUGCACAUGACAGAAUUUUCACUUUAUAAAAUACUAGACAAGAAGCUCUUGAUUCUUAAGAAGAAUGGUUUUACGUACAUUUGUGAGCUAAUAAAACUGUAUAACUCUUUAA